UUAAACGUUGAACCGCAGGUUGUUCGACUGGCCUUUAUGAUACCCUCUGAGAAGUGUCUUCCUCCCACAGCAGUGUGGUGUUCGUUGACCUCUGAUACAAGCCUGCAGAGAAGUUUCCUCCAGAAUGUCAGACACAGCAGAUUUUCUCGCAUCCAAAGAGACAGCAGAUGCUCCACGGUUUGAUGCAUCCCCAGAGCCACCAUCACCAUCACCACCGUCAUACAACUACCAGGAGCAGCAGCCUCCACCCUACUCUGCUGACCCAGAUAUGUACCCUCCAUCCAAAGAAGAGCCGACUUUUGCUUCCAAGCCGACCAAUGAUGACCCGUCUGUCAGCGACAUGAACCCCGACACCAUGCCUGACACAACUGAACCUGUAGAACCUUCACCUUUCGAGGACAAGACAGUGAGAAGAGCCUUUGUUAGAAAGGUGUUCAGCAUUGUGACUAUCAUGCUUCUGGUCACCUUCAGCGUGGUGUGUGUGUUCACCUUCUCCAGUGUGGUCAAAGAGGCAGUGAAGCACAACCUGUGGGCCUACCUCAGCUCCUUCUUCAUCUUUCUCAUUGUCGCCAUCCCCCUCAGCUGCUGCCAGUCCUUCAGUCGGCGUCACCCGUGGAACAUUGUGGGACUGGUUCUGGUCACUCUGAGCAUGUCGUACAUGGUGGGAACGGUCGCCUCCUUUCACGACACUGCUGCUGUUGUCAUCACGAUUGGAGUAACUCUGGCCAUUUGUUUUGCAAUCAUUGCAUUCUCUGCACAGACUCGUUAUGAUUUCACAGCUUGUACCGGAGUUCUGAUGAUUCUGGCUUUGGACUUGGUGCUGUUUGGGAUCAUCUGCAGCUUCUACUACUCCCACGUGGCUCAGAUCGCCUAUGGAUGUCUGGGGGCUCUGCUGUUUGCACUAUUCCUGAUGAUCGACGUCCAGCUGCUGACGGGGACGAUGAGUAACCGCGUGGAUCCGGAGGAUUACGUCACCGCUGCUCUCAUUAUCUACCUGGACAUAAUAAUCAUCUUCCUCUACCUGCUGGGGAAGAAGUGAAACUGUACACAUAUAACAACUUGUCCAUGCACAAAUGCACGCAUGCGUACACACAAACACACACACACACAUAAACAGACACUCUAUGCUGUACUCACAAAGAAAUUGUCCUUUAUUAUUGGUUUUGUGUCUGUAUAAUAACCGUAUCCCAUGUAUGCAACAAUAAAUGAAUUAGUCACUUUUC